AUGCACCCCACAAGGUCUCCAAAUUGGACCCUUCACAGAAAGAGGAAAAUUGCAGCCUGGCCCUUCAUCAGACUGUGGAAAGUCUGUGAUCCAACUCUGUUCCAAAUGAUCUUGGUCACAGCUCUCUUGGCUACUGUUCUUGGUGAUUGUAAUCCCCCACCCAGAUUAGAUUUUGCGUCUCCAAUAAAUGUGGUGAAUGAAACAAGCUUCAAAACGGGGACUAUUCUGAAAUAUGCUUGCCGCCCUGGUUAUAGCAGAGCCAGUUCAAGUAUGAAUGUUAUCUGUAAACAAGGAGGUGUAUGGGACUACAUCGAAUUUUGUACCAAGAAACGAUGCAGAAACCCAGGAGAUUUACCUAAUGGGAAUGUAGUAGUUAAGACAGAUUUCUAUUUUGGAGCGGAAAUAGAAUUCAGCUGUUUAGAAGGCUAUCUCUUAACUGGCCCAACUACUAGUCACUGUGAUGUCCACGACAAAAGUGUUGAUUGGAGUAAUCCUCUCCCAGUGUGUUCAAUUAUACACUGUAAGUCUCCUCCAGCCAUCAACAAUGGGAGGCACAAUGGCAGAGAAGAUUCAUACAUAUAUGGCUCUUCUGUCACCUACAGCUGUGACCCCAACUUCUCACUUGUAGGCAAAGCUUCCAUUUCCUGCAUGGUGGAAAAUAAAACAGUAGGUGUCUGGAGCCCAAACCCUCCUACUUGUAAAAAAAUCAUAUGUGCUCAGCCAGAGGUUCCAAAUGGAAUAGUCAACACUGGAUCUAGAUCCAUCUAUAAUUACAAAGACACUGUUAUGCUUAGCUGCAACUAUGGGUAUAUCCUCAGAGGCAGCAGAUUGGUUCAUUGUGAAGAAGAUAACAACUGGCACCCUUCUCUCCCCACUUGUGAGCUCAAUAGCUGCACCAAUGUACCAGAAAUCCCACAUGCUAACUGGGAAGUAUAUUACUCCUACAAGCCAAGAAAAGAUAGUGUGUAUAAUAUUGGGACCGUGUUGAGGUACAGCUGCAAUUCUGGCUAUAGACCUGUUGAAGAUGAACCUACAACUAUAACUUGUCAGGAAGACUUGACGUGGACCCCAUACAGAGGGUGUGAGAGGGUAUGUUGCCCAAAACCAGAGUUGAAGAAUGGCAAAAUAGUUAAUCAGAGAAAAACUGAAUUAUCCCCAUCCUGUCACUAUUUCUUUGGAGACCAGUUUUCCUACACAUGCCAUAAGAAAUCUAAAAUAUUUAAAGCUACUUGCCAGGGUGAUGGCACAUGGAAUCCCAAAACACCAACAUGUGAUGACGAUUGCGAUUUUCCUCCUGAUAUUGCCCAUGGACAUCAUAAGAAAGUGGUUUCAUAUUUCUCAAAUGAUAUUAUGUAUGAAUGUGAUGAUGGAUACACUCUGGUUGGACAGGCAAUAAUCUCCUGCAGAUAUUCAACCUGGUCACCUCCAGCUCCUGUAUGUAAAGCUGUGUGCCUGAAACCAAAGAUAGAAAAUGGAAAUCUGUCUGUAGAUAAGUCUGAGUAUGAUGAAGAUGAAACUCCGACUGUCCAGUGCAAUCGUGGCUAUAGAGUGGUUGGCUCCCAAAGUAUCAGUUGCUCAGAGAACAGAACCUGGUACCCAGAGGUGUCUAAGUGUGAGUGGGAAGUUCCAGAAGGUUGUGAGAAAAUACUAGCAGGCAGGAACUUCAUGCAGUGUCUUCCAAAUCCUCAAGAUGUGAAAUUGGCCAUGGAGUUGUAUAAACUGUCGUUGGAGAUCGAACAACUGGAGCGAGAGAGAGACAAGGCAAUGAAAUGCACACUGGAAUCACCACCAUAA